AUGGCUCAAAGAACAGACGCCAUCACUAGGCCAGAGUUCAGGCGCAGCCACCCCACCACGCCUUACGAAGCGACCCUGGCAUAUAUGUAUUUCGCUGAAAAUUUCUUCUUUCUGUUUCUUUGCCCUUUUUUUCCUUUGGCGCUGCAGCAAAUUUCUCCAUUGCAAAGGCGAAGGCGAGUGGAACCCAUCCAAGCUAAAGCAGGGGAAGAGGCGCCGAUGGCGGAAGCCGAAGGGAUUUUAAACUCUUUUAAACUAAAUCUUCUUUCAAAAGUUUAUCUUGAAAAUAUGCGGAAUGCCAUUAUGUAA